AUGACCAAAUCGUACAGCGAGAGUGGGCUGAUGGGAGAGCCUCAGCCCCAGGGUCCUCCAAGCUGGACAGAUGAGUGUCUUAGUUCUCAGGACGAGGAGCACGAGACGGACAAAAAGGAGGAUGACCUGGAAGCCAUGAACGCGGAAGAGGACUCACUGCGGAACGGGGGAGAGGAGGAGGAGGAAGAUGAGGACCUGGAAGAGGAGGAAGAAGAGGAGGAGGAGGACGAUGAUCAAAAGCCUAAGAGACGCGGCCCCAAGAAGAAGAAGAUGACGAAGGCGCGCCUCGAGCGUUUUAAGCUGAGACGCAUGAAAGCCAACGCCCGGGAGCGGAACCGCAUGCACGGGCUGAACGCAGCGCUGGACAACCUGCGCAAGGUGGUGCCCUGCUACUCCAAGACACAGAAGCUGUCCAAAAUCGAGACACUGCGCUUGGCCAAAAACUACAUCUGGGCUCUGUCGGAGAUCUUGCGUUCAGGGAAAAGCCCUGACCUGGUCUCCUUUGUACAGACUCUCUGCAAGGGUUUAUCCCAGCCCACCACCAACCUGGUUGCCGGCUGCCUGCAGCUCAAUCCUCGAACUUUUCUGCCUGAGCAGAACCAGGACAUGCCCGCGCACCUGCCGACCGCCAGCGCUUCUUUCCCUGUGCACCCCUAUUCCUACCAGUCUCCGGGGCUGCCCAGCCCGCCCUACGGCACCAUGGACAGCUCCCAUGUCUUCCACGUCAAGCCGCCGCCUCACGCCUACAGCGCAGCGCUGGAACCUUUCUUUGAGAGCCCUCUGACUGAUUGCACCAGCCCUUCCUUUGACGGACCCCUCAGCCCGCCGCUCAGCAUCAAUGGAAACUUCUCUUUCAAACACGAACCGUCCGCCGAGUUUGAGAAAAAUUAUGCCUUUACCAUGCACUAUCCUGCAGCGACCCUGGCAGGGGCCCAAAGCCACGGAUCAGUCUUCUCCAGCGCCGCUGCCCCUCGCUGUGAGAUCCCUAUAGACAAUAUUAUGUCCUUCGAUAGCCAUUCACAUCAUGAGCGAGUCAUGAGUGCCCAGCUCAAUGCCAUCUUUCACGAUUAG